CGGCUGCGCGCGCCGCGAGGUGUCGCAUCUGGCGGAGGUCUGACGGAGCUGGCUGGGAGCUUGCAGGGUGUUCGCUGCUGCCGCCGCUGCCUUCCCUUCCGCUUCCCCGUCCUCUUCUCCCGGGUCCUGGGAGCCCCUGCCCGGGGGACCUCGUGCCCACUCCAAUCUGGACACCGGGAAGCGAAGCAUAGACAGGGCCUUGGGAGUCACGUUUACAAAUGAAUCAGCUGUUAGAACAAAUGUCAAAGUUAUAUUUGCCAUUUCCCGGCCUAGAUGUGGCUCCCCUGCCUUGUUCCUGGAAUCUGCCUGAGGUGCCGCUGCUGAACUUGUCACCUAGGCAGAGACGUGGUUGGUGACAGCAUGACAAGUGAGGUGAUAGAAGACGAGAAGGAAUUCUAUUCAAAGGCCAAGACGUACUGGAAGGAAGUCCCAGCCACAGUGGAUGGCAUGCUCGGGGGGUAUGGCCACAUCUCCAACAUCGACGUCAGCAGCUCCCGGAAGUUCCUGCAGAGGUUUCUGAGGGACGGCCCGAACAAGACGGGAACCUCCUGUGCCCUGGACUGCGGAGCUGGCAUUGGGAGGAUCACCAAGCGACUGCUCUUGCCACUCUUCAGAGUGGUGGACAUGGUGGAUGUGACAGAGGAUUUUCUGGUUAAAGCUAAGACCUACCUGGGCGAGGAAGGCAAGAGGGUGAGGAACUACUUCUGCUGUGGUCUGCAGGACUUCAGCCCAGACCCAAACUCAUACGACGUUAUCUGGAUCCAGUGGGUGAUAGGCCACCUGACUGAUCAGCACCUGGCCGAGUUCCUACGGCGCUGCAAGCAGGGCCUGCGCCCCAAUGGCAUCAUCGUCAUCAAAGACAAUAUGGCCCAGGAGGGCGUGAUCCUGGAUGACGUGGACAGCAGUGUGUGCCGGGACCUCGAGGUGGUCCACAGGAUCAUCCACAACGCAGGCCUGAGCCUCCUGGCCCAGGAGCGGCAGGAGAACCUCCCUGACGAGAUCUACCAUGUCUACAGCUUAGCCCUGAGAUGAAAGGGGCUGGCGGGAGGAAGAGAGACCAGUGUGCGGUGGGGUGGCUGGCAGCUGGGUGAGAUCGAGGCUCCACGUCAGAGGUUCGGGAUUGUUGAACACCACCACUAAAUACACCUGUCUGCCACCCACUCACUAUAUAGACUCGCUUUGAAAACAGCAUAUGGGACUCAGUGGGGAGGGGUGAGCCCGCUCUGCUGCCCUGAGGCAGGGUCCAGGCAGUACAGGCCUGUGUGCCCCAGGGCCCUGGUGCACCCUCUCUGGGGAUUUCCCGGAUCUUCAUUACCACCUGGCCUUCCAGCAGGCCUGGCCGCCUUAAGAGGAAGAGAGUAACUCUUCCCUUGGAUGUGAGGACUUUCCCUCCAGGGAGGAGCUAGGCUGGUGGAACGGGUGGCUGGCCGCACCCUCCUGGCUGCGGAGCCCAUUCAGCACCUACGGUGUGGUGCAGCUGGUGGGGAUGUCCGCAUGCCAAGUCCUGUCCGGGGAUGGGGCCCUGGAGUCUCUGAUGUGAUCGUCCAGCGGCCUGCAGCGAGGGGAGAGUCUGCAGCCUCCCUCCGGGCCAUGCCUUGUGGCUCCUUGGCAGGCACCUUCCGUCAGAAAUAAAAGGGUGAAUUCCUA